AUGACACCAUCGGCCAUUGACUGCUUUUCAGCAAGCAAGAAACGAAAAAACGACGAAGUGACAGACCUGAAAACUGCCGCCGACGCCAUUAUCAACAACGACAGCAACACAGCCAAACGCCAAAAUAAUCCAGCAACACAGCCAAUUCAGACGGGUGGACUACAACAACCAGUGUUCACAGAAUCAUACUUUAUGCCAAACCAAUCACAACUGCCACCAAGAUCAACGACGCCUCCUCUCAGUAUGACACUUGCACACUACAAUGCAAACUCUCAAAGUUACGCAACGUCGGUUGUCAGGUCCGCAGAGGAACAAUCGACCGCCGUAUGCUCAGGAAUGACUCCCGUAUAUCGACCAGCAGCCGAACGAUGGGGUUCUUCUUUUCUUUAA